AUGAAGUUGAAUCAUAAGCAAAUACCAGAAGACCGUGCCAUUGUGAGACUCAAAAAGGGAAAAAUGGCUAUUCGCUCACCGGGUUCUGGAGCCACGUGUGAGAAGUGCGCGGAGUUUUCAAGCCUUGCGGAAUUGAAGAACUACGAAAGAAAAGGAAGUUUGGACAUUCAAAAAUACCUCAAUAUUUACAUGGGGGCUGAUGAUGUAAGACCCCUGAUACACGCAUCAGGAGAAUAUGUGAUGGAGUACUACCCAGAGGCCUAUAAAAAGGCGUAUUCAUUACCUGAGGGAUAUGUAUUAAAGACGAAAGAUUUCAAUAAGUUGCAGAGGGAAGCAAGGAAAGGUGAUACGGACAUACCCUUUGAUGAGUGCUCAGUUGCCAUGGUAUUCGAUAAAGUGAAGGAAACGUACAAGAAUGUGCCUUCCCUCACAAUCUAUGAUUACGCAUUCACCGAUACGUUGCUCAGGGGAGUCAAUCAAGAGCAGAAGAAGAAGUUCAUUAAUUCCGGUGUAACCAUAGAUGACCUGACACCUGGGGAUCAUGAUGUCUUUGGAGUUGGAAUAUAUAUGAACGAAAUCAUUGGGGUUUUCUUUCAAAUUAAAGGAACAACGCCAAAAGUAAACCCUAAAGGAAUCCGUGAUUGCCUUUCUAAGGCAACAAAACAAAUCCAAAAGGACCUCAGCAUUUUCAGGAUCAUGUGUAGUGAAUUUAUUAAUUCAGCUGUGAAGUUGACAGGUUUUGCAGCCUUUCCAAUGCUUUCGAGAUCAGAUUUGCAAGAUGUGAUCCCUUGUGACGAUUGCAGGAAGCGAAUCCUCACCUCGGAUGAUCUUCUUACUUUAGGGAGAUUUAAAACCUUCCUGAAGACGCACAAUAUCGUGCUGGAGAACUCGUGGAAACAGGAUACCACCAGGGAGGAUAUCAAGCAAACCUUCAUGAAAAUCUUCAGUCUCUAUGUUUGUGCAGCUUCGUUUGUGGAUCUCCCACGAAACCCAAAUCAACUGUUCCAUAAGAGUGAGGAACACUUGCAGAAGAUGCUGAUGAUUCUUACUCCUCCACAAAGAGAACUAGUGAAGAGUGAAGAAAAUAUAGUCUUCAUAUUUGGAGGGUCAGGGACUGGAAAAACGUUCGUUAUCAAGAAAAGAGCGGAACGGAUGGCGGCGCAAGGCGAAGUGUUAUUGAUAAAUAUCGUCGGGGGACACCUGACUGAGGAAUUUCGGCAUGACCUAAUAGAAACAAAGAACAUCGAGGUGGUGGACGGGAGAAGGGAAGGCCUGGAAGAAGAUCUUGAAGCAUUAAAGAAAUACCUUCGCGCGAGAGGAAAAGGAAAACACAUCUUGAUAGACGAAGUCCCUAUCACUCUAGGAUUCCAGGGAGUCAUCACCUCGGGAGCCCUUUCCAAACACUGGGAGUGGGUCGUAGGCAUGACGCCUGAAAUGAAGUCGAUCACUCUCUCCUUCCGGCCCAAUGACCAAUCAUACACGAGAGACUUCUCUCUUCAGGACGUGAAGCCAGUCGAUUGCAAGCUGGUAGUCCUGGAGAAAGUGAAGAGAAAUUGCAGGAAAAUUGCUGAAUUGUUCCUUGCUAUUGGGGAUUACUCUCGCCGGAUCUUCAUAUCCCUUGAGAAGACACUUCCCUUAAAUGUAAGACAGUCUGGGGCGAGAUUUCUUCCAGCCCUCUUUCCCAUUCCCUCUUGCUUCUCCGUUCAUCCAAUAGAAUGCAAGGACGAAAAGGCAUGUGAGGCUCUUAGGGCCGCGCACGCUAUUCGCGUCAUAUAUCAGGAAUGCUUUAGGCCACCGGAAACGACUUCACUUUUCGUCGUGGUUGAUAGUGAUAACCGAAGGAAUGAUCUUGCGAACACAUUCGCUUCCCUCGACCCACUCCUUCCUCUCCUCUUCCCGGACUUCAACUCGAGCCGCAAGUUAUGGGAUUUCCGUGGAAAUACAGCCUCAGAAGGCUCGUUCCCCAUCAUCAUCGUGACUGAGAGUGAAAUGAUUGGAUGUCACUCGAAAAAUGUGACAGUAAUUGUAGAUUUCACUCAUUCGAAAUGGCAGAACUACGUUCGAUUGAUAGCAACGAUAGGGAAAAACAAGAUCAUCGCGGUCGAAGAAGAACAACUGAGGACAGGGAAGUUUUCCCGUGUAACUAAGCAAAUUCCAAAGUGGACGAUUAAGGAGUGUAAGGAUAAUGUUGAACUCAAGGAAAAUAUGAAGAAGGCGUGGCAACAGAGGGAUGCGAAGGAAAUCGAUAAUUUGGAAGAGAAGGCCUUCCCUGGAAUGAAUAUAGAUUGGGAUGAAUGGGAGGAAAAGGAGAAACACGAUGUGGAUUUGAUGCUACGACAUUGGCUUAGCGGAAUAUUUGGCCCCCCUGCCUCGGGAAAAUCCAGGAGAGUGAAUAUGCUGAUUAACCACGUGAUAGAGAGUGGGGGGCGAGUCAUCCUACUCCAACCCGAUAAUGACCUGUUAACUUCCUUGAAAAACCUGAAAACCGGUUUUGAUAUCCCUGGUUUCUCUGAUAUCCAAGUGAUUCACCCUGAGAACUUUCGUGGGUGUGAGGCUUCAAUCGUCACUGUAAUGGACGUGGGGGACAAUUGGUUACUAGAAGUGAUAUCCCGUUCCAGGACUCAACUCACUAUCAUUGACGACAUCCCCAGCCAUGAAGACCUCUGGAAUACCAUGAUUGAAGAACAUCAUCUGCAAAUCUGGGAAGGCCCUACUCCAAAAGACAUUGAAGCGCACCCAGGAAUCUUAUUGACCCUAGAUGAAAAGGAGAGGUUUCUGAGGGAACCAACCUGGAAUGACGCUGGAAAGAGAAUUGGAGAGAAGGCAGUGAAUGGAGGAUACCUCGACCGGGAUACCGGAUUGCCAGGAGAAGCUUCUCGGGUUGAAUUGAAAAAACAUUGGGAAAUCACUGGAUUCCUGGAGAGGAAAGGUGUGCAAUGGGAGUUCGGAAGUAGACCUCCUGUGGCCCUGGAUAUUCAGUGCGAUGGGGGAGGACUACUGGAGUCCCUUUCUCUCUGUCUCACAGGAUCACUCCUACAUCUUCCUCUCCUCAAGAAGUUGCUAGAAGGUGACGAUCCCAGGGAAACUUUGCUUAAAAUUCAGAGAGGAGCGGAGGUGUUCAGAAGACCAAUUGUCCUGAUGGGGGAGAAAUUAUCUGGGACCUUCCUUCCCCAAGGAGAAAACGAGAAUAAGGAUCUGCAGUGCUUACUACUUUUCGCACAGGGCGACUUACAGCAUGUCACCAUCCGCCCUGUUGUACCAGAACGUAGUAAAAUGUCUAAAGAAGAGCACGAAGAGCUAAAUGUCAGUUUUGACCGCCUUCUGAUUGAAAGUGGAGAAGAGGAAGAGGCUGAUGAGCACGACGACAGUGCC